GAAUAGACGUGUUUUCGUGAGCUCCGCUAAAUAACAAGAAAGAUUUCAUACCAUUCUCAUUAUUGGUAUAUAUCCAUAUUAUAAACCUACAUUACCUGAUUCGCAAUUAGGAAAAAUGACCUCAACACAGAAGGAGAUCCAAAAGGUCAUGAAAGAAGCUAUGCAGUCAAUUUUACAAGACCAGAGUUUCAUGGAAUCAUUGGUGAAAUAUGUAUCUGAGCACCUAAACGAGAGAUUAGAUGAAGUAAUAGCUAAACAGCAGGAGAAACUCGAACAUUAUGAAAAGAAAAUAACCUUUCUGCAACAACAAAACGAACUACUCAAAAACAGAAUGGAAUCGUUAGAUCAAAACCGGAGAAAGAACUGCAUUCGUAUUUUUGGUAUUGAAGAAUGCGAAGGAGAGAAUGCAGAGGAAUUAGUCCAAAAUUUGUUCAAUAAGACGUUGAAGAGAUAAGCAGAAAAUCAUGGAGAAGAGAAAACUUCUAAAAUCCAGUGGCGUCGUGAUCAAGGAAGAUUUGACUAAGUAUAAUUUGGAUAUUAUGAGGAAGGCUGUCAAGAAGUACUCUUCGAAAAAUGUUUGGAGUUUCAAUGGUGAGGUAUUUGCGACUAUCAAGGGACAGAAGACAAGGAUCCGGAGUGAUAUGGUAUAGAAAUAGUACCGAAAUAUUG